AUGUCACAACCCCUAGAUCAAGUGUACCAAUAUAAUCCUGUCAUGACGGGUCAACCCGAAUCUAAUGGCUCGUUUAAGCCGGUUUUCAUUGUCCUAGCGGCGAUUGUGGUCAUAUCUGUAGUGGCUUGUGUCCUGGGCCGGAUGUGCUACAAGGGAGACGAGCAGCCAGCCGAGGAGAAGGACCAAAUAAAAUCAAAGGCCAGUAAGGAGAGCCAAGAGUUGGAGUCUAGGCAAAAACCGAGGAGAGAUGGGGACAUCGAGUCUGGAAAAGGAGCUAAAAAUGGAGGAAAAGCUCAUAAGUCAAAACAUAAUACAACCAAAUAA